GCAGUAGUUGCACUGAAUUAUACUAGCAAACUCCUGGGAUUACUGAACUCUAUUGCCUUCUAGAAUGAUCUCGACUGUCUCCAUACUGUGAGUUCCGCUCUCUGGUCACCCAUCCCUUCACUUCUUACAGGGGAUUAUACUGAAGAUUCAGGGGGGGUUGAAGGAUUAGCCAAGGCAGAUUAAAGUGGCUAUCCUCAACCUGGUAAUCCAGCCAUCUGUCAGAAAGCAGCCAGGCAGCAUUGGGCUGCAGGGUGUGAUUUGUCUUCCUUCCUCAGUUUGCUAAUUAACACUGCCAAGGACGAGCUCAGUUCUCACAAUCUACAGGACAUAAGGACUGAUUCAAUAAAGAAACGCUUUUCUAAAGAGUUUAAAAUGGAAGAGACAUAUCUGCUUGACCAUCCUGGAGUAAAAAAGAAGAUUCUGCAUGGAGGUCAAGGACCGUUGCCACAUUUUCCAAAGGGAACAAAGCUGGUGUUCCACUUCCAGACUCUGUUGGACAACUUUGAAAGAACUGUGAUUGACGACAGUCGCAAAAAUAAGCAUCCCACAGAGAUUUUCGUGGGGAAGAUGUUCAAGAUGGAGGUGUGGGAGGUGCUGUUAACCUCCAUGAGGAUUGGAGAGGUGGCAGAGUUUUGGUGUGAUGCCAUUCACACAGGCCUUUAUCCUAUCGUAUCAAAAGGGAUGCGACUGGCUGCUCAGGGAAAAGACCCUCUGGAUGGCCAGAAACACAUGUGUGGCAUGGGAAAUGUGUUUCACUACCACUCGACAGGCUUCCCAGAGCUCGAUGAGCUAAUGAGGACACCUCAGCCUCUAAUCUUCAUCAUGGAGCUAAUCUCAGUGGGCGACCCAUUCUCUUACCAGCGUGAGUCUUGGAUGAUGGAGAAGGAUGAAAAGCUUAAGGUUGUGCCCUCGCUGCAUCUCUUGGGCAACGCUCUGGUCAAGCAGGGUCGGUUCCGUGAAGCUGCAGAGAAGUAUCAGGAGGCUGUGGUUCUGCUGCGUACAGUUCAAUCCAGGGAGAUGCCAGGAGAUGAGGACUACAUAAAUCUGGGCAGGCUUAUCAUUCCUCUGGUACUGAACUACUGCCAGUGCAUGUUAGAGCUGGAGGAAUAUUAUGAAGUCAUAGAACAUACAACAGAGCUCCUGGAUAAACACAAAGACUGUGUCAAGGCCUACUACAAGCGAGCGAAGGCCUAUGCAGCUGUGUGGAGUGAGAGGGAGGCCAGGAAAGACUUCCAGAUGGUGGCCAACCUAGACAUCUCACUGUCUAGGUUGGUGCAAAGAGAACUGAAUCUUCUCUCUGAGAGAAUGAAGGAAAAAUACUGGGAGGAUAAAGAAAGGUACUGGAACAUCUUUGAAGAGAAGGAAGAGAGAGAAAUGGAAUCAGAGGAGGAGGAAAACUCUGCGAUGCCUACAAAAGAGGAAAGCAAGGUGGAACAUUCUCAGUCUCCUGAAGAGGUUAAAGAUGCUGAGAAGGGAAUGAAUCCAUCUGUAGCAGAGGAAAAUAAGCAUGACACCAAAAGUGAACACUCAGCAGGAGAGGCCAAUCAUAAGAUAACAGCUCUGACCGAGGGCAAGGACUGGCAGCAGAUGCUACGGCUAAUUAUGCUGCUCCAGGACGAAGGCAAUUUCAAUGUGAAAGAGCAUAAAUACAGUGAGGCGACUGUCAAGUUUAAGGAGGCUCUGGAGUAUGUAGACCAUCUCCAAACUAAGGUGAGCCUGCUGACUGAAAAUAACGAUAAAUGAUCAGGGCUGCAUUUCACAAAACCUUUGUGAGCCUUGAGUUGAUCGUGGAGACCACUGGCUACAUUAGUUACAAUUGGUUCAUGAUGUUUUUGGGAAAUGUAGCACUGGUUUGGCAUACACUUGACAGCUGUAGAAGGCACUGAGGAUAAAUCCUAUCAUUUAAAAAAAAAAAAAAAAAAAAAAUACAGCUUCAUGUUGAAAUUAUAGCUUGCCACAUAAAAUGUGGAAUUUAAAACCAUGCAGAAGCCUCUUACUUCAGUAAUGGACUGAAAGCUUGGAGUGGUAAUCUGAAAAAAAAAAAAAAAAAAAAAAAAAAUUAGCCACUUAUCUAAAAACUACUGGGUGAAUGUAACACCACAUUAUUAAUUUUCAUGAGCCAAGAUAAUAAAGUUUAGAAUAUGUCCUUCCAUGAUUUUAGAUUGUUCCUAUGCCCAAGUGAUGCUUUUUAAUGCAAGCAUUACUAUUGUGCAAACAUUUGCCUUUUUUUUAUUUUAGACUUUCGUAUAUGAUGGAGUGACCUGAACACUAUGAAAGACAAUAUCAUAGAGACAUGGGCUAAACAACGCUGUCAAAAACCAUUCAAAACAUCUUUGCAACUGCACAAUACCCUGGCAACACUCACAUCAGAACUUAUAGUAACAUAUACCUGUUAUAUUUCCCAGAGGAGAUACAUUGGGGAUCCAAAAAUUACUUAGCAGGAACACCAGGGAAGCUAAAAAAUCCCCAUGGGAAAUCAGCAACCCAGUGCUCACUAAGGCAUAUCUAUCUCUCUGUGUGUUUUUGAGGUGGAACAUAAAGGAGAAGACUGGGAAUCUCUGGAGAAAGUCCGUCUGCCACUCUGUCUAAACCUCAGUCAGUGUAAGCUGGAGCUUGGGGAAUACCAGGAAGUGUUGGAUCUCAACUCUAAACUGCUGAAGAAACAUAAAGACAAUCUGAAGGCUGUGUACCAGCGGGCCCGGGCUCACUCUGCAUUAUGCAAUGAAGACGAGGCUCGCAGGGAUUUCACUAGGGUCCUGCAACUUGAUCCCACAUUUAAACCUAUCGUCAAGCAGGAGAUUAAGAAGAUGGGGGAGAACAUCAGAGUGAAGUGCGUCAACGAAAACAAAAACUACUGGAUGAACACUCAGGAGAAAUGGGAAAAGAAGACACAGGUCAAGAGGGGAAAGAAGACUAAGAAAGGAGUGACAUGGGCAGAUGAGAGUAAGAUGUCGGCAGGGAACGAUGAAGGACAUUUAGGAAGAUCAGGCUGCAGCGGCAAAUCAGAGGAGAGCUGUAGUGUCAAGGCAGGUAAUAAAGAUCAAGAACAGGAUGAGAAGAAAAACGACGAGAGCCAAAGGGACGAGAGCUCUCUGACCCUGAAAGAAUCAAAGGCAAAAACAGAUAAUACAGCUGCAGAUAACGAAAGGGAUUCGGUCCAAAGCAAUGUGCCAGGAGAUAGUAUACCAAGAUCAGAGAAAGAUAGUGGGAGUUCGGAAACUCUACUGACUAAUGACAUCACAAAGAAAAAUUAUGCCCAAGAUGAGAUCACAGAUGAAAAACAAGAGUGUCCUGAAAAGUCAGACAAAGAUGUAAGCAGUGGAGCAUCAAGGGAAGAAAGACUGACGGACACGACUGGAGAUGAUGAACCAGAAGAGAGCAACACAGCUACUGAAUUUAAGAUGGAGAAGACUAGUGUUGAGGAACCAACAGGAGCAUCACCCACAAAACCUGAAAAAUCCACCAAAAAUGUUAAGUGCAAACAGAAAAAGAAAUAGAUAUCAGUAUCAAAUCACAUCAUCUGAAGGAAUACAAACCAGACCAGGGGUAUAACAAAUAAAAAUUUAUUUCUUUAUACACAAUGAGUAGAAAGCAGCCAGUAACUCAUUCAUUUUUAAAAUGCAUUCUUUUCACAUUUUGUACAGAUUAAAAACAUGAAAACAAAAAACAAAGACAUGAAUUGCAGUGUUAAUAAUUAAAAAUUCCUGCAUCGCACAUGAAAAUAACACAACACAUAUUGCAGGGAAACAAAAUGUUUGUAUUCAGGUCAUUUGAGCUGAAAACAACAACAUGGUCAUGGUGUGUAAUGAUGAUGCCACAGGUUCAGAGGUUAAAUCAGUAAAUGCCCUGUUGUGUAGUUCAAAAUUACAAACAAGCCUGCAAAGCCAGAGACAUAUUGGGGUUGUGACACAAAGGUCUGCUACAUACAAACAAAAAUAAUGAGAGUAUUUGUUAAUGAGGCAGAUGGCUAAAUUUAGCUCAGGCAGCCCUUGGCAAUGCGGUAAAAUACUGUAAUUUCACACAGCCCACAAACUAACCACAUCUCGUUUUUUAAAAGGAGUAGACAAGGGAACUAUUAUGAAAGAGUUAAAAAGAUCAUAUUAAGGAAUACUGAUUAUACAUGUCAUAAUGGAGAAUUAUUAUAUUUUUGCAAAUGGUAUGCAUAUAGGAGACUUUCUAUUCAAUGUAUUACACAAUGCUACAUGAUUUGCUACCAUGUUGGAGCUCUAUACUUUGUAAAAAAUAAAACUUGAAUAAAUCAUCUCCCUUUCUAUACUCAAAAAAAAAAAAGCUCUUUGGCUGAACAUGAUUCAAUCAUGGUUCCACGUGAUUAAGUAAAACCCAAUUGAAUCUACCAUGUACAACUAACUAGAAUCAAUAGUGUUAAUUUAACUUGAAUGAAUGGUUUUAGUUGAACUAAAAUAAAUGUUUUUCAUUUAAAUUGAAUAAUUCCAAUAAUCCUACAAUUUAUGUUUCUUGUUUAGUCUUGCGAUUUACAUGAUUUACAUAUGUGAUGUUUGGUGUUGGCAAUCCAGAAGUGAUACUGAUUUCAUCCAGAGCACUACCAUAGUGGUUGCUUUAUUAUUAAAGGAAUUUGAAAGUCCUGUUUGAUUGGGUUACUUGAUUGAAACAUGUUACUUCAAAAUGAAAAUAUCAAGUUUAGUCAAAGAGUAACUGUUUCAAGUCAAUUUAACAUGAAGCGGUCACAACUGACCCAGAAACCUGAUACAAUGGUGUUAAAUUGCAUCAAAAAUAAUUUUUUGAGCCGGCGUUUGGACAUAAACACGGAAGCUCUGCAAUGUACAUAACGUAUGAGAAUGACAGGAGAGACGAAUUAAUUGAAUAGUUGAAAAGUUUUUUUUUUUUUUGCGCACAAAAAAGUAUUCUUGUUGCUUUAUAAUAUUAAGAUUGAACCACUGUAGUCACGUUGACAAUGUUUUCGCUACUUUUCUGGACCUUGAAUGAUGGUAAUUUCAUUGCUUUCAAUGGAGGAUAAAAAAAACCUUUCGGAUUUCAUCAAAAUAUCUUAAAUUGUGUUCCAAAGAUGAACGAAGGACUUACAGGUGUGGAACGGCAGGAGGGUGAGUAAUUAAUAACAGAAAUUUCAUUUUUGGGUGAACUAAAAUCAAUUUCUCAAUGGGUUUUUCUCUCGUUUUCUUGUAAAAAAAAUAUCUAAAUAUCCUUAAAAAGGACUAAUUUAUUUGAAAAACAAUUUGUAAGAUUUCAUUAAUUUUCAUAGAAUAUAAUGAAUCAAAGUCCCUUUCAAGGAAAGUCUGUUCAGUCGGUGGUCAAAUUUGCAGCACCUCCGGGCAGCUACUUCGGGCAUCCAAGACCAACACUGCGUCCGAAAUCAAAUAAAUUCUCUACUAUAUAGUAUGCAAAAACAGUUUGCGAACAGAGUAGUAUGUCCGAAUUCAUAGUAUUCGAAAAACAGUAGGCGAAAUGUACCUGGAUGACUUGCUACUUCCAGUGAGAUUCUGAAGUGCGCAUACGAUGGACACUUCACUAUCCCAUGAGGCCACGGGAGAGGAUUUGUGAAUGGAGUUGAAGGGACGUAACUGACGCCGGUAGGUCACGUGACAGUAACAACAUGGCGGAUGUAGUACGUCCGAAUUCAUUCAUAUUACACGCAUUUGUACUAUAUAGAACAUACUUUUUCAGCGGUCAUGAAGUAAAUUUAAAUUCAAAUGUAGUACCUAUUCAACAGUACGCGAUUUCGGACACAGCUCAAGUCCUUGAAAUUUUAAAAACUUCUUGCCGUACUCACAUUUAAAUAACAUAUUUCAAAUCAGCGAAAAAAAUAUGACAUGAAUUGUCCCCUAAAUGUUGUUACUCAAAUAGCGAUUAAAAAAAAAUAAAAAAUCGCAACCUGAGCUUCUAACGGCGGCUGCAGUGACACAACGACUUUACCAAUCAGCGAUUGGCUUUUUUUAUUUAGAAGGCAGGACUUAUUCCACUACAUUCAUUGCACUUUCUCCCAUUCAUAAAUAUUAUGAGAGCGUAGUCUUUGUACAUCUGAAGUCUUUGAUUGAAUCUUAAUUUUUUUCUUAGCUGAUUGUAUUUUCAUUAAUUAUGAAAAAAAUGAAUGUAUUUUCUGAAAUUGUGUAAAUUAAAUUUUCAGCUGCUUUCAGAUAAGAUAUGACAUUAAAAUAACUGCCAAUGUAAGAUGUAUCUUGUUUUAAGGAUGUUUAGAUAUUUUACUUAGAAAAAAGACAAAAAGAAAAGUUUUGCAUCGUUGAAAUGAUUUCAGACGAUCCACGUUCAGAGCUCUGAAUCAGUUCAGACUGUUUGGCAUGGAAUAAAGAACGAGUUGGAGAAAGCUAACAAAACGCAGUGUGCAUACUUCAAUGUGUGCGUUUGUAUGUGUGAGGUGCUUUUGUCCCAAUGAAGCAUUGGAAUUAUAAAUGGCUGUCGCUGUGGAUAGAACACCAGAUGUUGAUCUUAAUGAGGAGCCAUGCAAGUUAAACAGAGGCAGGCAUAUGGGGCAGAGGGGAGUUGAGUUCCCCCCUCUCUCUUUCUCCAUAUGCUUAUUUGUAUCUCUUCCAUUAUGAUGCCACACCACCUUUCUAAAGACCAACCUUCAGCACCGUGUCCUUGGGGACAGUUUCUUAGCAACCGCAUCAAAACAAACAGACAGCUCACUGCUGUGAUGUAAAAUGAGAUCGCAAUGCAUGCGAAAGUAAGCCGACGAGGGCACAGUGGGAUUCACAGACAAACCUACAGUGCAACUAGGGUCACUUUGUUUUUUUGAUGGAGAAUGAACGAGGAAUCGUCGUACUUCCAAAAUGUUUGCCAAAACAAAUGGAGAACAUCUCUUGCUCUCUCUCAGCUGCAAUAAUCUCAUUCCUGUUUGCAGGGGCUGCAGUGUCACAACCCAUCACAGUGAAUAUUUACACACUUUUCUCUUUCCCAUUUGCAGUCUUUCUUUCACACCGUAUCUCUUCCCGCUCUCUCGCUCGCUAUCUAUUUCUCUUUUCUAUUCACUACACCCCCAGCAUCUUCUCUGCUCAUAUAAAUCUGACACCCCACAGUAAAUAACUCUACAAAAAAGCCUUUUUUCUCUGUUUACAAAGAGCAUGAUCCAUUUGCCGCCCUCCUCCCUCGGCAUAAUGUAAAAUAAUCCUUCCACACACUCACUUUCAUUUCCCUCCUCAGAUUGUGGAAAUGCUGAGAUCUGGAGAACAGCGUUUGGUAAACAAAAUACUUACAUCAGGAGGACAACAAUAAGACAGAGAGAUGUAAGGCUUGUAUUCUUCAAAAAAAAAAAAAAAAAAAAAAAAAAAGGUCUGUGGGAGCUUUGAAGUCUUAAGGCAUAAUAGGAGCUGUGCUCGGUUUAAAAUGAAUCAGGCUGUGGCUUGAGUGUAAAAGACCCUCCCAAGCCGAAGAGAAUAGGGCAAACCUGCACUGAAUUGUCUACUCAGGUCUCUACUUUCUUGUUCAUGCCACGCUGGACAGCUGUAAUUUAACGGCAAGUGCUCUGACAACAAAACAACAGAACAAAUCUCCAUUGCUGAGACCUUUCCCUUGUGACCGGCAAACCAACAGCCAAGAAAUCCGUUCAUCUGUGCAAUAGAUCCUUUCUGUAUGAGUGGCUGCACUGCAAAAAAAUCAAUCUCUUAAUCAGGGUUUUGUCUUGUUUUCGAUCAGAAAUACCUAAACAUUAAAAACAAGUUGCAUUUACCUGAGAAGUAAUUUUAAGAUAAGAUGUGUUUUUCAGAUAAUAAAUCUUUUUCCUCAUUGAUUUAAGCACACAAUUCACUAAAUAUAGUUGGAUUUAUAUUUGAAGACAUCUUUGAGGUUCAAUACAAGUUAAAGGAUUAGUUCACUUUCAGAUGAAAAUUACCCCAAGCUUUACUCACUAUCAAGCCAUCCUAGGUGUAUAUGACUUUCCUCUUUCUGAUGAACACAAUCUGAGAAAUAUUAAUAAAUAUCCUGAUGCAUCCAAGCUUUAUAAUGGCAGUGAACAGGGGUCAUGAGUAUGAGCUGAAGAAAGUGUCUCCAUCCACAUCCAUCCAUCAUAAACAUAAAUGUGUACUCCACAUGACUCCGGGGGGUUAAUAAAGGCCUUCUGAAGCAAAGCGAUGUGUUUGUGUAAAAAAAAAAAAAAAAAAAAUCUAUAUUUAACAAGUUAUGAAGAAAAACAUCUAGCUUCCGCCAGACCGCCUUCCGUAUUCAAGUUAUGAAGAAAGUGUAAACGUGUAGGUUUUGAGCUGCAAGAUUUUUACACUUUCUUCGUACGUUGAAUACAGAAGGCUGUCUGGCGGAAGCUGGAUAUUUUACUUCACAACUUGUGAAGUAAAAUAACAAAAA